GGUCAUGGGUUUGAUCAUCACCCAUGUGAAUGAAAUACAUAUUAUGGUCAACCGCUUAGUAUGAGCAUCCCUGACAAAGAAAUUAGUUAUUGCUGUCAACAAUAAUAAUGAACUCCCCCAAAAAAAUAAUUGUUUCCUGACUUUCCCAAUUCUCAUAAUGAAAUUAACGAAAAACACGUUCAUCUAGAUAAAAUGUGAAAGGUUUCAUUUUCUGCAGAAACACAAUGUGAAGUGGGAGAGUCAUUUCAUUACUCUUGGGUCUUGACCCUACUUAAUGCUUGCGGUGGGAACUCCAAACGUUUCAAGUCACCUCCAUCAUGUCCAGCACCGGUGGUAACAAUGGCGACAUCGACGGUGCUAAUCUCCAGGAUUUGGAUGUUGUUCCUUAUGCUGAGGAACAAGCUAAGCUAACCGAGGCUACUCAACUUCUCGUGCAAUGCGGCUUACCUGCGUCUAUGUUUACAGUUCACAAUCUCAUCCAAAACUACUAUCUGGUUCACCACUUUCUGAAGCCAAUCAAGAUGUUAUCGUCGAUCAAAGACAAUCAAGAGCUUGCACGCAUUCUCAGCCUUGCUGUGCCAACUUUCUGGUCCUCCCCUGAUUCAGCCACGAUCCCCAAUCUCAUCAACUUCGUUGCAUGGCUCAAAACUGAUGCUGGCCGCGCCAAGCUCGGCGCUAUGUAUACGCAGAGGAAGCUGGAGAAGCAGGGCGGUGAUUAUCUCUCCAUACCUGACGUUGCUGCUGUUAGGAUGGCCAAUAACCAGGUAACUGAUUACACAACUCGUCAGAAGAGUAUUCAGGGCGAGUUUGAGGCGGAGAUUAGCCGGUUGAAACGGCGAAUUUCUCUGCUGGAGGAUGAGAUGGAAGCUGAGCUUGAAGUGCUGCGCAAUCGGUUUAGUCCUAUGGCUGAUUAUGAGUCUCCGACGAGAGGUGAAGUUGAGGUUGCUGCUUAUGAUCUUUACAUGCGUGAAGCGCAGAAGAAGAAUUGUAGUUACCUUGAUAAGGGGGAUGAGGGUUAUGUGAAGGCUGUUGAGUGUUUUGGUUUGAUUGCCCGGGAUCAGCAUAUGGUGAAGUGGAUUCGCGAGGAGGAUCGUGAUAAGGUCUUGAUGGAUUACUGUAAGCAGAAGGCUAUCUACCUUGAGAGGAUUUGGGACAAGAAGGCAGCUACUAAGCUUCGUAACUUGGUGGUGGCCGCGGGUGGAGAAGAGGCUCUUGAUGCUCCUGUUGUCCAUGAGUUUGAAUUUGAAUUGCCGGAGUCUUCCCAAGGCAUUCGGAAAAGGAAAGGUAUGUGAGUGCGUGCCCCGACUGGGGGUGGUUGUGAGUUUUAGGCGGGUUAUUGGUGAGGGUGAGAUGGGGGAACUAUAAACAAUGAUUUUUGUUAUCUGCUUUUUUGCUUAAUCAAGUACUCAAUAUGCUGUGUUUGGUGAAAUUUGUUAAAUGGAUGUGACUAAUUGUAAGUGACUAUGUUCCUUGCACGUUUGUUCUUAUAUAGUCUAGUAUUCCUUGAGAUUGCAUAAUCAUG